AUGGCCGAGAACGGCGUGUUCCGCGUAUGCGUGACUGACCAGGCCCAGUACUCUGUCUCCAAGAGAUUCAGAGAGUAUCUAUUCAGCAGGAGUGUUGUUCACUGUGCCACGGAGGCUUAUGAUGAAGAGCGACUAGGUUGGUAUGAACGAAGCCGCAAGGAGCUUACGGUGACUUUGAGGGCUAUGGUUAGUGAAGGUCAGGCUAUGGAUUCGAUCAACCAAGUGCGGCAGCGAUUAGCUCUGUGUACGUUCGUUCACAACGCUAUCCCAUAUGAUGAUAGUAGCGAUCUAGCCCCAUGGGCGGUGCAUCGCUCGACGGCCGAUGCCUGCACUCUUUACAAUGAUCUUCUUGGUCGAGAAGAGGUAUGUCAGUGGCUUGGUUCUGGGUUGGAAUUUGAGGACCUCACAGAGGGCCUUCAGGGGAUCUCAGAUUAUUACCGAGUCCAAUACGGUAAGUCGGUUGAGUCGUUGAGACGAUUGUGGUUGGCUCGGAAGGCUGAAGUUCGUCGACGACUAGCAGAUCGGCGGGAUCCUGCAGGUCCGGGUAUGUUGACCCGGGGAAAGAAGAGAGUUCUGAAGCAGAUUGAGGAGGUUAGUAAAGCUCCUCGUAAGAAGCUUUAG